AUGGAAGAUUAUUUUAACUAUACAAUUGAAAGAAGAAGUAAAGAUUUAGAAAGGGGAGAAGGUGAAGAAGUUAAUAAAGAAAUUAAUAAUAAUAAUAAUAAUGAGAAUAAUGAAAAUGAAGUAGUGGACGAAGAAAAUUCUCAACUACAACAACAACCAGAAGUAGAAGAAGAAGAAGUAGUAGAAGGUGAAGAAAUGAAUCGAUUAAGUAAGAAAAAAAAAAGAGUGAGAAUUAGAGCUAGUAGGUCAAAAAUUGAAAUACCUCCAGAUUUUAAAGUUGAUGAUUAUGGAUAUAUUAUUAUGCCUGAUGUUUGGUCAGCUAAAACUAAUGAUCAAGGAGGUGCUUUAGAUCCGAUAGGUAUUGCAAAAAGAAGAAAAUUGAAUGAAGAAAAGUCAAAAAAGCAUGAUGAGACUACUAAUACUAACUUUAAAAUUAAUUUAUUUCAAUUAGGACCUAUUAAUGAAGUUCAAAAGGCUUUAUUUGAUAAAUGUAAUCAAAUGUUAAGUCAUAAAAGUACAGAAACCACUAUUCAACUGAAAGUUCCUAAUACUUUUAGGAAAUAUCGAUCAGAAAUUUGUAGAUAUUUAAGAUUUUUAGGUGAAAAAGGAUUUAGUGAAAUUGAAAUUAAUGGAUCAUUAAUGACACAAUGUAUGGAUGGGAUGAAAAAAUCUGGAGGUAAUAAUGGGCUUGUAGGAAAAGCUACAUUAGAGAAUUAUAGAGCAGCAAUGAGACUUCUUCAAAAAAUUAAAAGUCGUUAUAUGGCUGCCGUAUAUAAUAUAAUUAUUAGUGAUGAAAUUAUUGGGCUUAGUGAAGCUUCAGAUAUGAUUAAGAUUGUUAGAAGAGAACAAGCACAAAGGAGAGUAAAUCAAUGUGAAGAUAAGGCUACAGCAAAAGUGGUUACCAAACCUUAUGAUUAUGAAAUGUUAUCAAAGAUUAUAAUUGAACAGUAUAAUAAAACAGGUUCACCAGAAAGAAAGGAUCAAACAGAUGCUAUUAAUACCAUACUUGAAUUAUUAUUAGGACAUCAUCUUCUUAUUAGAGGUGAUAAUAAAAGAGGAAUGGAACUUUCCGAUAUGGAUUUUGAAAUUCAUAAAACUAAAAAGGGUAAGACGCCAAUUUUAACUGCAGGAGUGGUUAAAGAGAAAACAAUGCAUGGUGUGGAUGGGGCUAGAAAAGCUGGAGCAGCUAGAAAUGAACAUGUGGAAGUAUGUUUAGUGACAAUUUUUGCUUUAUCACUUUAUUAUCGAUUUGAUGUACAAGAUGAUAAGUAUAAAUUAUUAGGAAAGAAGAAUCCUAUUGAUUUUACUAAAAAGGAAAAUUGGUAUAGAUAUAAGGUAAUGUUUUCCACUUCAAGUGGUGAUGUAAAUACCAUUAGUUAUAAUUAUGAGCAUUCACUUAGUUCUCAAGCAUUUUUGUCAGAGAAUUUCUUCCCAAUAAAAUCUACACAUCUAGGUAGAGCUAAUCAACCUAUGGCAGCUGAAGCAGCAGAUAUUUCUAUUGAUGAAAUCCUGAAAGCUGGUCAUUGGACUAAUGCAGCAUUGGAUGUUUCAUAUUUAAAAGGUUUACCUUAUAAAUUCAUUCAUUUCUCAGCUAAUUUUGAUGAUGAUGAGACUUAUUUUUUACCUAGAGAUACUUUAAAACCUAGUAAACGAUUAUUAAGUAAGAUCUUCCCCUGGUUAGAAAAAGAACGGGCUAAAUUCCAUGCAUAUCAUGAGAGUAGGGAAGAUGUUAAAAGAGGAGAAACUGAUUUUGCUGGAGCGUAUUUUUUUGAUACUUUGGAAUCAUUUAGAGAAGUAAUACUUCAAGAUUUAGCAUGUUUAAAUAAAUUAGCACCUAAUAGUAUAUUUGCCAAACAAGAUAUCGUAAAAGAUCCAGAAUUUGUGAAAUUCGCAGAAGAGAUGGAAGAUUUAGAUAAAGGUAAAGCUUUGUCAAAUUCUUGGAUUACUAAGGAUGAUGCUUUGGAAUACGUCAUUCCUGCCUAUGGAAGAAUGGGAGAUCAAUUACAAGAUUGUAUGAAUAACAAUACAACCAAUAUUUUGGUUGAAUUGCAAUCUUUAAAGGCUCAAAUUGCUACAUUGACUGAAAAUGUAGCUAUACUUCAACAACUGAUAAACCGAGACCAAAUAUCUUCAGAAAAACUAACUGAAUUCUUUUCUAAAUAUGUUAAACCUCCAAAAAAGUUGAAAAAAAAGUCGAGAAAGAGAAAUUAUAAUGAGUAUCAAAACAGUCAAAUGAUACCACAACCUAUGACUUUACCAGUACCAAUGUAUCAUCCAGUAAUGCUGGCACCACCAUAUAUGGUACCUACUAAGGUACCUACUGAGGUAUCACAAGAAUCUUCCAUGUCUGAGGGUGAGGAAAAUACUGAUUCAAAUCUGGAUGCUAUUUUAGAAGUGGCUGAAAUGCUGCAACUGACAAAAUCAGUAGCCGAUCUCUUUGAGGAGUGGUAUAUAGGACUGCCUUUUAGUAAAUCUGUACAGCUCAAAGAUUUAGAAGGAAGUAAAUGGAGAAAAAACAUAAAAUCUCAAUAUUUCAAAAAGAAGAAGAUUAUAACUUUUAUAAGCAAAAUCAAGGCUAAAGAACGGUUUUCACAUUUGGAAAGGAGAGAAAUUGCCCUUUAUAUAGAUGAAUACUGUAAGUCAGUGUCUUUAAAGUAUUAUUUAUUAGUUCAAAACUUCCAUCAGUAUCGAGAGGAUAUUACAGACUACUUAGCUGCCCGUUUACCUUCACCUUACCCAGUUUCAAGCGAAAGUAACUAG